AUGGUGGAGAAACAUGAGGGAUCCGUUGAUAAGGCGCAAGUGGCCCUUAAUAGUUGGGGUGGCGAAAAUCUCACGGCUGAAGCGUACAACUGUUUCCGGGACAAGGGCGAGGCACUAUUUUGGCACAAGGCAAUUUGGAGAAACUACAUUCCUCCAAGAUGCUCUAUCACCCUUUGGCUUGCAUUACAAAAUCGGCUCAAAACAGUGGAUCGACUCCAGGGAGUUCCUAAACUUUAUGCUAUUUGCAAUACUUGUGAUGAAUCACUGGAGCACCUUUACUUUAAAUGUGUAGAAACUUCAAAGACAUGGAGAGAGAUAAAAAAAUGGCUCCGAUUGAAGGAACUCAUGUCAACUAUACCAAGUGCCAUCAAGCAUCUCUCCAAAAAGAAUAAGGGGUCAAAGAUCUACAAUAAAGCCAAACUCCUUUCAUUGGUUGUGAUGGUAAAUCACUUGUGGUUUGCUAGGAACAAGCUUAUAUUUGAGAAAGAACCUAGAGAAGAAUGUGGUGUAUGA